UGGAUGCCUCUGGUUCCCGGCCGAGGGUGCGGCUGAUGGAUCCAUCGGUGUCGACGACGGUGCAAAGUUCCAACCUAACCAGCCCCCCACGAAGUGUGCAGGGGGGGGCAGGAGGGGUGCACUCCUGCCACCAGAGGGCCCUGGCCAGGCUAAGAGAGGCCAGGAUGCAGCUAGCUUGCUUGCUGUCUGCUCGGCUGAGCUUCCUGGGUUAUUCACUGUGCUCCGGCAGUGUUGCUUGCUUUGCAGCUGCCUGCUUUCUGACAUGCGGCUCCCCCGCCGGGCUGGGCCGGAGGCAGGCCUGCACUGACCCCCAGCAGGCUGGGCCCUGUGGCCUGCAGCCCGUCCAGCUCCCAAGCCGGACGCGACCUCCCCGAUGGAACGCAGGGCGGAGCCGGAGGGGCCGGAUCUCCGGGGCUCGGAGGAGAGGCGGACCCAGAAACCCAGCUGCACAGGUGGGGAGCCAGGUGGUCCUCUGGAAGGUUCUGAGAUAGUGGAUCCAAAUGUGACUUCCUUAGAAAGAGUCCAAGGGAAUGUUUCCCAGAAUCCCGAGCAGGGAAAAACUUCUCAGAGUCAGCUUAUGCCUGAGAGGGCACCAGGAAGCCAUGAAGUGGAGAGAAAAGAAAAAUCCACCGACCCCCCGGGAGGGUUCCGUCUUCUCAACGAAACCGCGAUCCAGCUGCGCGUUCCCCUGGAGGAGAGGUCCUACGCGUGUGCCGAGUGUGGGAAGGUCUUUAGCUGGAGAUCCCACCUCACCGCCCACGAGAGGACCCACACGGGCGAGAAGCCCUACCCCUGCCUGGAUUGUGGGAAAAGCUUCAGCCAGAGGUCCCACCUCACCACCCACGAGCGAAUCCACACCGGGGAGAAGCCCUACCCGUGCCCCGACUGCGGGGAAAACUUCCGUCGCAACUCACAGCUGAUCAGUCACCUGAAAUCCCACACAGGGCAGAUGCCAAAGAAACGUCCCGGCCCUGGGAAAAGUCUCCGGCGGGUUUCCCGCCUUACCAGCCGCGAGACCCCUUACCCAUGCCCGGACUGCGAGAAACGCUUCCGCCAGCAGUCCCACCUCGCGAGGCACCAGCGGUUCCACAGGGGAGAGAAACCCUACAAGUGUUUGGACUGUGGGAAAAGUUUCUGCCAGAGCUCCGACCUCAUCACGCACCAGAGAACCCACACCGAGGAGAAGUCCUACACGUGCACGGAGUGCGGGAAAAGCCUCCCUAGGAUUUCCCACCUGAUUGCCCAUCACCGAUCGCACGGGGGAGGGACGUCUUACCAGUGCCCCGACUGCGAGAAAAGUUUCAGCCAGCUGUCCCACCUCGCUAGGCACCAGCGGUUCCACAGGGGAGAGAAACCUUACAAGUGUCUGGACUGCGGGAAAAGUUUCUGCCAGAGCUCUGACCUCAUCACGCACCAGAGGACCCACACGGGGGAGAAACCGUACAAAUGCCCCGAGUGCGGGAAAGGGUUCAGUCGGAGCUCCAACCUCAUUGCCCACCGGAGAACCCACAUGGGAGAGAAACUCUACCGGUGCUCCCACUGCGGGAAGUGCAUGACCCGGAGUUCGAACCUCGUUCGGCAUCAGAGAACACACGCGGGAGGAAAACUCUGUCUACAGAAAGCCUGGCCACAGUGAAUAAAACCCGGCCUCUUCCCACGCAUGUUGGCGGGCCAGUUCCUCCAAGUUUCUAGCUCAUUCUUCACGGAAUUCGGGUUAGGAAAACCGACACGUCGGGGGCAGCCACGGAUUGUUUUGGGGGUUUGCAUGGUCCUGAAAUGGACAGUCACUAAACUAGGUGAUUGGGCAACACAAAGGCACAUGAAAUUUAAGGCUGGUAAAUGUAAUGUCGUGCACAUUGAUAAAAAUAAUCCCAGCUAGACAUACAAUACGAUGGGGACUAAUUUAGCUAUAACAACUCAAGAGAGAGAUCUUGGAGUCAUUGUGGAGAGAUCUCUGAAAACAUCCCCUCCAUGUGCAGCGGCAGUCAAAAAAGCAAACAGAAUAUUAGGAAUCACUCAAAAAGGGAUCGAGAAAAAGACAGAAUAUGUUUUUGCCUCUGUAAAAAUCGAUGAGACCCCUACAUCUGGAAUACUACAGACAGAUGUGGUCGACUCAUCUCCAAAAAGAUCUCUAGGCAUUGGAAAAGGUUCAGAAAAGGGCCAUAGAAAUGAUGAGGGAGUUGG